GCACAGAUCUUCUGCCAAACAUCAUAAUAAGGUAAGCGUCAUGGCGGCAAUGAAAGAAGUGGUGUCAUUGUACCAGCAACUGAAAACAGAAUGGAACAAGAAACCACCGAACCUGAACAAAUGUGGAGAACUUUUAACGAAAUUAAAGGUUGGCCUUACACAUUUAAUGUUCUUGCCAACUUCCAACUCGACUGCUUCACAGCAAGAGCUGUUACUUGCAAGAGACAUUCUAGAGAUCGGUGCUCAGUGGAGCAUUGCUAUGAAAGAUAUACCCUCAUUUGAGAGAUAUAUGGCACAACUGAAAUGUUACUAUUUGGAUUAUAGGGACCAGCUUCCAGAAUCUGCAUACAAGUACCAACUUUUGGGACUGAAUCUGCUGUCCCUACUAUCUCAGAACAGGGUGGCAGAGUUUCACACAGAGUUGGAGCUGUUGCCUGCUGAUCAGAUCCAGACCAAUGUCUACAUCCGCCAUCCACUUUCUCUUGAGCAGUACCUGAUGGAAGGCUCCUAUAACAAGAUCUUCCUGGCAAAAGGCAACGUUCCAGCAGAAAAUUAUAAUUUUUUUAUUGACAUUCUGCUGGACACAAUUAGAAAUGAAAUAGCAACUUGCUUGGAGAAGUCCUACGAAAAGAUAUCUGUUCAAGAAGCAGCGAGAAUGCUGAACAUGGCGAGUCUUGCUGCCAUGAAGAAAUACGGAGAAAAGAAGAAUUGGACUCUUAAUCCAGAUAAUUACUACUACUUUGGUACUGAGGAGAAGAAGAGUGAAGACCCUCUUCCAUCAAUAGAACUUUCAGAACAAGUGAUAGAUUAUGCAAGGGAACUUGAAAUGAUUGUAUGAGUGAACAAAUUUUUGUGGAAAAUUAAAGCUUUAUUUAAUUUUACUCAUCUGUUGAAAACUUUUGUAAAUAACAAAUGAAAAAAAGUAAAAAGUUUAAUAGUCA